UAAACUUCUUUAGCCUCAAACCCUAGCGCCCUUUCUUUCUUCUCAUAGUUGAAGCUGACGGACGCCUCCUUCUGCGAUUCAGGAAGCUUUAAUUUUGAAGGAUGGUCAGAAUUAGUGUUUUGAACGAUGCUCUUAAGAGCAUGUACAAUGCAGAGAAGAGGGGGAAACGACAGGUCAUGAUCAGGCCGUCCUCCAAAGUGAUCAUAAAGUUUCUGAUGGUGAUGCAGAAGCAUGGAUACAUUGGGGAAUUUGAGUAUGUUGAUGAUCAUAGAUCUGGGAAAAUUGUUGUUGAACUGAACGGCAGGCUGAACAAAUGUGGGGUUAUUAGUCCUCGUUUCGAUGUGGGUGUUAAGGAAAUUGAAGGCUGGACUGCUAGGCUGCUCCCAUCCAGACAGUUUGGAUUCAUCGUGCUGACAACAUCUGCGGGAAUUAUGGAUCAUGAAGAAGCUAGAAGGAAGAAUGUUGGAGGUAAAGUUCUUGGUUUCUUCUACUGAACAUGGUUUUGAGUAUCCAUUGUGGAGUUUUGACAUAGCUUUCAAAUACUACUCUACAUUUUGUCGGUAAAGAAUGAUGUUAUUCUGUAAUGAUUAGAUUUUGGUCGUCUCUUAAGUUAAUUCCAAUAGAAUAUUUAUUGUUUUGGUGAAGACAUUUUGGUUUUUAGUUAUAUUGGAAGAGAACUAGUGCUUUUUUAUUC